AUGGAAUUGACAAGACCCAGUUAUGCGGUUGCUUAUGUCAUUCUCCUUUGUGCGUUGGCCCAAGGGGGCUCAGAGGGGAAGAGGGGGAAGGAAGAGGAGAUUUUUAGAGAUGGUGGGGCUUUGUCAUCAUCCAUUUAUGUACAUGGAAUUCAGGUAGAAAAUGCGUGGAAACAUUGCAGGAAAGAAUUGAUAGAGAGAAACAAUGAUGUCAAAGAUUUUGACUUCCAUUCACUGGAAGGGAGCAGUGACAUGAGGUCUAUUCUUUCAAUACAAAAUAGCAUAUACCAAGCAACUAAGUCUCUCCCUCCCGUCAUGAAAAAUAAAUUUUUGGACUGCAUAAAAACAGGAACAACUCCUUCUGCUCCUGUUUCUAAAGAAAAGGGUAGCUCUAGAUAUUUGUUAACAAAGCAUUCUAGAUCAACCUUAGGUGUGCAAAGUGGUCAUGGAAGAAAUUUGAUUGCUGAUUCACCAAGCCCUUCUGCUACUCCAAGUCAUAAUCCAACAUCACCAACUCCUAGUCCACAAGCUAGGGAUAUACCACUCCCUCCAGAUAUGUUUGUACCAUUUCCACCACCAUCACGUGUACCACGUCCUCGUCCUCAUCCUCCUCAAAAUUUUCGACCUAUAAUAUAUGCUCCUAUUUCUUCACCACCUAGCAAUGAUGCCAAAAAGCAACAUAAAGUUCUCAUAGGUUGCAUUAUAUCAGCAGUUAUAAUAUUGAUAGGCUUGGCUCUCUGCUAUCGUGAGGUCAGAAAAACCAAAGUUGACAAAGAUGACAGGCCUUUGCUUGUAUUAACCUCAAGUGAUUAUUCUGGUGGUUCACAGAAGAUUGUUCGUUUGGGAGAUGAUGACAAGGAAGAAUCUUGCAUUGACAAUGAAAAGAAACUUUCUAAUGUUACAAACUUAUCCACUAAGGAUGGAGAUAACAAUGCUUCACAGGUUGAGACAAAACCAUCAGAAGGUACAGGACAAGUACCAGCCCCUCCUAGUGGAAAACCAGCCCCUUCACCUCCUAGCGGAAAAUCAGCCCCUCCACCUCCUGGACCGCCGCCGCCGCCUGCUGCUCCACGACCACCACCACCUCCAAGAGCUGCUCCUCCACCUGCUCCUCCCAAACCAAUGGGAGGUAGAAAUCAAGGACCACUUCGAGCUAAAGAAGGAAGUUCUAGUCAGAGUGAUGCUACAAAACCAAAACUAAAGCCAUUUUUCUGGGAUAAGGUUUCUGCAACACCUGAUCAAUCAAUGGUGUGGCAUGAAAUCAAUGCAGGGUCAUUUGUAAUCAAUGAGGAAAUGAUGGAGUCUUUGUUUGGAUGCACCAAUCAGAACAGAAAUCAACGCAAGAAGGAUUCAUCUUUAGAUAAUACAGUGCAGUACAUUAAGAUUAUUGACCCUAAGAAAGCACAGAACUUAUCAAUUCUUUUGCGAGCUCUGAAUGUGACAACAGACGAAGUUGUUGAUGCUCUGAUAGAAGGUAAUGAGCUUCCUGCGGAGCUCACCCAGACGUUGUUGAAGAUGGCACCUACGGCAGAAGAGGAACUGAAGCUUAGGUUGUUUACUGGAGAACUGUCGGAACUAGGCCCAGCAGAGAGGUUCCUCAAAGUGUUGGUUGACAUUCCAUUCGCUUUCAAACGUCUUGAAUGUUUGAUGUUCAUGUUUAUCCUUCAAGACGAGUUCUCAAGCAUUAAAGAUUCCUUUGCAACAUUAGAGGUUGCUUGCGAUGAGCUCAGAAAAAGUAGGCUAUUCUUAAAACUACUUGAAGCAGUUCUGAAAACUGGGAACCGCAUGAACGAUGGAACCUAUCGUGGUGGUGCCCAAGCAUUCAGGCUUGACACACUUCUAAAACUUUCAGAUGUAAAAGGAACAGAUGGAAAAAUAACACUCUUACACUUUGUGGUUCAAGAGAUCAUACGCUCUGAGGGUAUAAGAGCUGUUCGAACUGAGAGAGCAAGCAGAAGCAUUUCAAGUGUGGGAACAGAUGAUUCUGAUGAAGGUAGUGAAGAAUCUAUUGAACACUAUCGAAGCCUUGGCCUUCAAGUAGUUUCAGGUUUAAGCGCUGAACUUGAAGAGGUGAAAAAAGCAGCACUUAUAGAUGGUGAUGCACUCACUUCUGCAGUGUCAAAACUAGGUUAUUCAUUUGUAAAGAGUCAAGAGUUUUUGAACACUGACUUGAAAAACAUUGAUGAAGAAAGUGAGUUCCAACGUUGCAUGGAGAAGUUUUUGGAGAAAGCAAAGGAGAAUGUGACAUGGCUGGUGGAGGAAGAGAAGAGAAUAAUGGCUUUGGUUAAGAGUACUGCAGAUUACUUUCAUGGGAAUGCAGGGAAAGAUGAAGGUUUGCGUUUGUUUUCUAUUGUCCGUGAUUUCUUGAUAAUAUUGGAUAAGGUAUGCAAAGAGGUGAAGGACACAACUAUGAAGCCAGUGAAGGCUUCUAACAGUAAGAAAGAGGCUACAUCAGUGCCAUCUUCUCCUGACACACGCCAACAGUCACCACCACCAGCUUCUGACUUACAUAGAAGAUUGUUUCCUGCAAUUGCAGAACGGAGAAUGGAUUACUCUAGCUCUGAUGAUGAUGAUGAUGAUGAUGACGAGUUUUCAACAUAG